GUUUCUCUUUUUUGACAAGGUGUGUAAGAGAACAUCAAACACGUAACUUUUUCACAGAGGAAAGGAGAAGAAGAUGGGUUUAUUGCCACUAAUGAAGAAACUAAGUUUCGUCUUUCUUCUUGUUUCAGCUUUUGCUCUCUCUUCUGCAGGCCGACCAUCCAUUCUAAUUUAUAGCCAAGACGAUAUUAAUCAGGAGUUGGUGGAAAGAAGGAUUCAUGAACAUGAGAGAAUACUGAGGAUGAAUUCAAGAGACUAUGGUCACUUCAGUCCUACACCAAGGCUCGUCAGGCCUCCUUUCAAGCUUAUUCCCAACUGAUACGAUUCAUAUCAUGGAGACUAUAUAGAUGCCGACUUUAUGAGAUGUACGAUAUAUAUACCUUAAGACUAACAGUCCAAGUUAUAAUUAAAGUUUGAAGAUAUGUUAUGUAGUAAACGGUUCUAUAGUCUUUGAGUGUGAGUUUGGUGAAGUGCAUGUCACUUUCAUCACUAAAUAUAUGGUUUGGUUAUCAUGCAACAUUGCAAUUAAUGGAUGAGAAGGCAUUAAUGAGA